AUGGCUAUUGUCCGUGCUGGCCUGCGCCAUGUUGGAUCCAUCCCUGCUGGUGAACGUUCGCUAUCCGGACUUCGACGCAGCAGUUGGAUCACAGAGUCCGAUCAUCCCGAUCACACGAGUCUGGCCGUGUUCGCCUGCGCCAUGUUGGAUCCAUUCCUGCCGGUAAACGUUCGCUAUCUGUACUAUAACGCUGCAGUUGGAUCACUAAGUCUUAUCAUGUUGGAUCCAUUCCUGCUGGUGAACGUUCGCUCUCUGGACUACAACGCUGCAUUGGAUCCAUCCCUGCUGGUGAACGUUCGCUCUCUGGACUACAACGCUGCAUUGGAUCCAUCCCUGCUGGUGAACGUUCGCUCUCUGGACUACAACGCUGCAUUGGACCCAUCCCUGCUGGUGAACGUUCGCUCACUGGACUACAACGCUGCAGUUGGGUCCAUCCCUGCCGGUGAACUUGGCUCACAAAGUCUGAUCAUGUUGGAUCCAUCCCUGCCGUUGAACGUUCGCUCUCUGUACUACGACGCUGCAGCCGGAUCACACGAGUCUGGCCGUGGUUGGCCCUCCCGUCUUGGCUUCAGUAGCUGUCGUUCGCCAAUGACUAUUGUCCGUGCUGGCCUGCGCCAUCCGGAUCACACGAGUCUGACCAUGUUGGAUCCAUCCCUGCUGGUGAACGUUCGCUCUCUGGACUACAACGCUGCAUUGGACCCAUCCCUGCUGGUGAACGUUCGCUCACUGGACUACAACGCUGCAGUUGGGUCCAUCCCUGCUGGUGAACUUGGAUCACACGAGUCCGGCCGUGUUAGCCCGCGCGUCUACCUUCAGUCCCUGCCGUUCGCCAAUGGCUAUUUUGGAUCACAAAGUCUGGCCGUGUUGGAUCCAUCCCUGCCGGUGAACGUUCGCUAUCCGUACUGCAACGCUGCAGCCCGAUCACACGAGUCUGGCCGUGUUGACCUGCGCCUUGUUGGAUCCAUCCCUGCCGUUGAACGUUCGCUAUCUGCCACUAUGACGGUGCAGUUGGAUCACAAAGUCCGACCAUUUGGAUCACAAAGCCUGAUCAUGUCGGAUCCAUCCCUGCCGGUGAACGUUCGCUAUCUGGACUACGACGCUGCAGUUGGAUCACAAAGUCUGAUCAUGUUGGAUCCAUCCCUGCCGGUGAACGUUAGCUGUCUGUACUGCGACGCUGCAGUUGGACACACGAGUCUGACUAUGUUCGCCUGCGCCGUUGCCAUCGUUAUGGGGGAGUCCAGUACUCGAGAGCUCGCGGUGCUCGCCACGUUCUUCGACGACUCUGGCGCCCUCCCGCGGCAACCGGAAGCCAAUCGACUGGCCAAAAAGUUCCAUACACACCAGAAUCAACGGCCGUUUCCAGAACCUGAUCGCCAGAUUCCUCACUGUGGGAGCCAGAAGCAGCUCUCCCUGAAGAAAACUCCAAUACAGAAAAAGCCGAACUCUCGUCAGGGAUCUUCCCAUAGGAACUGGACAGAUAAGGAACUCGAAGCCCUUGUUCCCUUCAUUGAAAGACUAGGCCCCCUUUUCUGGAAAGAUAGGGUGAAAGUGUGGAACGCAGUGUUCCACACAGGCCGAUCUGUAGAAGCCCUACGUGGGCAGUACUACCGGAUUACUUGGCGGAACCCACUGAACAGAGCUCUAGGAAAGCCCUCUAGCCCAACAGGUGAAGCGGCAGAAGCUUCUUGUGAGCCACGAAGGUCAUCGGUAGGCCGUCCGCCCACGUCUACUAGUGGCUCGCUUGGCUCUCGCCUAACACAACGAAUCAGCAUCAGCCCCUCAGGCACACGCGGCAUUGGUAGCGACAGCAGAACUGAUCCUCAAGGACGGGAGUCAGAUCAUGUUGCCCGCGCCGUUGUAUCAGACAAUCGACAAAAAGGCCCUAGUCAUGUCCUGACAAUCGAUGAACUCCUUUCCACCUGUGAUUCUGACGAAGACGCCUCAAAGGAACCAACAGACCAGAACGGAGAGGUCUUCCGCUCGCCACAUCAACGUCAGGCGUCUGUGCCACGUAUGCAUGCAGAGAUCUCACAGCAGGCCAGCGCCAACCCCCGUGAGCCGCUUCUCUCCGAUCCCGCUUGUCUUUGUCCCAAAAGAGCGCUGGAUGAGGGCUGCGAAAGACCGAGUAGCCCUGUGGUGACGCCGACGUUAACUCGAGAGCCAAGCCCUCGAUCAGGACGGAGUUCAACAGCCGACCAAUCCGAAGGGCUGCGAUCAUCACCAAGCCCAAGUUUGGCUUCUAGUUGGACGUCUCACACGAUAAGCAUUCCAGGAGGCAGUGACGAUAGAUUGCCGGGGCCGGAUGAUAGUCAAUUCGAUCAGUCAUUGCAUGACCAACUAUGUGGCCAGUUAUGGGGCGUACUCGAGACUCAGAGCGGGCCUCCACAAACUCCGCCGCGCCAGGAUCAAGAGGCGCAGAUCAAGCAACCUCAGAUGCCGGCACGACAAGAUCGUGCAACACAGACCGACUCCUUACAGGACCUAGAGCCGCAGAGUCUAGUGUUGCAGAAAGAGCCUCAGCACAAAGAUCCUCCCGGACGAAGAGACGGUUAUCCCGCCAAGCGUCAAAAGCGGAAUGGCGGGCACCGUCGGCCUUUGGACGUGUCGCCGGAUCGGAAUCCGUCUGGUCAUAGUUCCGCCAGCGCAUCAUCCGCGCGCGGAGGCAGUACUUGGCGUGACUGGGCGUUAGGCGGGCUCUGGGCAAGAGGAAAUUGA